AUUUCGCUGCCUUGACAAGUUUCCAAACUCGAUUUUCUCGAAAAGCCUCAAAUCAGACAAUUUUGUUCUACUUAUAUUUUUCAUAAGGAAUCACAGUUUGGUGAGUUAUCCUACUAUCGAUGGAACAGCCUAUAUAGUAUGUACAUACUACGUAGCAUGACAUCAGAGCUGUGAAAGACAAUGAUAGCACUUCGAACCAAGACAAAAAGACUUUGUCACGAAUAAGAAGUGUAAUAUUGACAAAGAAAAUCAAGACUUCCAAUUUAGUUGGAAAAAGAUUGUAUUUCGAAAUUUCGUUACAUUGGCGUAAGAAAAUUAUGAUAAGACUUUCCCAGGGGAGAGAUAGCAAUAUUAAAUAUUUAUCUUUUUAUACGUAGUUUAUUUAUAAUGAUCGACUUUCAAAAUUGUAAUUUUAUAAUAUGGUAUAAUUGGUGCAAUUUACUAUCGAAUUAUCGAAGCUAGAUAUAGAGAAAUUUGAUCAUUUUUUAAAAAGAGAGCGAGUGAGAGAGAGAGAGAGAGAGAGAGAGAGAGAGAGAAGCAGAGAAAGCAAGAAAGAUGGGAGUUUGUGUUUGAUAAAAAAAUCAAUGCGAUCGGAUCGAAUGAAUAUCGAAGGAAUUGACAUGAAAGCACAACUACACCGUUGUAUAGUUUUUACACAGUUAAAUAAAUACGUGUUUUCCUCUAUAAAACGAUCGUUUCCCCUGCUUAAUAUUUUGUAAGAAAGCAUCAUAGAGACAUGUUUCAUCAAUAAUGUAAAAUACCAUAUUCUCUUACGUUUUAAUUCUUCAACUUUGAAUAACACUAUUAUUCUUUUGCUUGCUUUUACGAGACCACCUCCGCUCAUAUUUCAUCUUUAUUUCCUCUCCUCUGUCGAUCUGACCAUCUUCUUUACACUUCAAAAGCACCGAUUGCAACGAAAAACUUCCCAGGGGCAUCGCAAUUACCGAAAGCUCGUUUAAUUUCUCGAAUCCGAGGGAAAUGUAUUCCCUUUCAUCUCGUUAAGGACGAAACAAUAACAAGAAGAAGACGAGAGCUUGGCAUCUAACGGAUAUAUUAUUUCGUUUCAGGACUUUUGGUGACAAUGCUGCUCUCUCAGGACGUGCAGCAGCGACCGCAGGACAAUAGCGAACCAUGGCGUCAAUUACCAUACCCGAGCAUGCCUUACGAUCCGAACAGGACGAGUCAAAGACGGAAAGAUCCGAAGGAUACCGGUUCGAAGUACAUUUGCAAUAGAUGCGGGAAAACGUACAAAGCCACCACGUCUUUGAGUCGUCAUAAACGACUCGAGUGCGGCGUUGUACCUUGCGAGGUUUGUCCGAUAUGUGAAAGAAGAUUCAAGCACAGAUUCGUCUUGAACUCGCACAUCAUCGGAUGCCAGAGAAAAUUGCGACAUAUUAUUCAAAAGAGCGGCGACUCGCCGAUAUUCGCCGAGGAACGAGAGUAGCUACCCGACAGUCGCGUUGCAACAAUGCG